UCAUCGUGAGGCAACUUCAGGGGACUUCGUAAAUCAAGCGACGCGAGUGCCAUUGCACUGGCGUUUUCUCAUUUAUAGUAGGGGGAAGGCAGUUUGGGGCGAUUGUCGCCCCAAAGAAGAGGUGAUUAGUCGCCACGUUUCGCCCGAAUCUGCCCGUGUGCCCCUGCCCUUAGUGCAACAGUGGGUGGAUGGAUUUAUGCUGCAUUGGGAGCCUUUUUCUAGAUGGUAUACUAUGGAGGAAAUGUUGGGUAUACUUGUGCUGCAUGCAUAUUUCAUACAUUUAUUCUGCUUUUUGCCUGAUUCCACCUGGAAUUCAUUCCCUUUCCAGAAGUUGUAGCUUAGUAAGAGGCAGAGUGGAGGCAAUGUUCGGAGACCAUGUUUCUGUACAUUGUAUGCUGUAGGUUAAAUUUUCUUGCUCAUUGAGUAACACCCCUUAGCUCUAACAUUAGUGUCCUGGUGCAAUAAGAUGAGUUCCCAAAGACUUAGUACUGUUGUUGUACCAGGGCCCCCAUGAAUAACAAAACUGUAGCAUAAGGAUAGAGCCUUUUUCCCCAAAUUAUAUGGCAUAAUGUUAUAGGCAGUGUCACAUGUUGUGGUUUCUCCUGCCAACAGAAAUAUAAGUGAUCAGAUGCCGUGGGCAGAUCUCCUUGCAAAGAUGCAUACUUUCAGAUAAAUAUCUUACCUGAUUACAUUUGUAAAGACAAGGCAGAAAGGAAAAGAUCAGCUUGUUUUGUUCUUUUCUAGUCCUACUUGUCAUGUAGCUAUCUAGUUCUGUAAUGUUUUUUUACAGAUACUUUUCUUGGUCUGUUUAUGUUACCAGAUAUAUAGGUUUACCAGGUAUACAGGUAAUAGGUUUGAAUGUAAUAUGUAGCAUAAGAAAAAGGAACAGUGGUACAGUUUAAAGGGAUUAACCUGAAAUUUGUGGUUACCAAGGGCCUUCUUUAAUAUUACUUUUUUUUUGUCUGUAAUAGCAUGUUCCUAUUUAAUAUGCACACCUUGUUUAUUAUCCUCAUGAGCAUAUAUAUUGGACAGGGAUUAUGUGUAUUUUUAUGAAAGCAUUGUCAAUGUUUUUGAGCUAGCAGUUAAACUUUUUUCCCCCUAAUAUUGUCUUUAAUGCUUGGCAUGCACACAGAUACGAAAAUGUUGCAAUGCUUUUGAUGCUGUGAAUGUUGUAACAGAAUUCUUUUUCAAUGCAGUAUUUAUGUAGUACAUUUGUCAUGUUAGCGGUCCAUGUUGGUCAUCCUUUUUCAUAUCAGCAGACACUGCAGAGAAGCGUAUCAGAAAACUGCUGCUGUGUACUGUUCCUGCUAUUACUGGCAAAUUGUGUGGCUCAUAUAUUAUCAUAGUGUGUAAGCAGCUCUAGGAAUUCCUGUGGUGCUAGAGUUAACAUUGCUUCUGUGCCUUAACACUACUGUCUUUGUGUCCUGUAAUCUGUGCAUGCGUUGUAGCAGUGACUGCAGUAUCUGGCAGUUGUGUUAUACUAUAGUCCUGUGGCAGUAAAUAUCUGCAAUUACAGACUGUCCAUCAAAAGCAUUUAUAGCCAUUGAUCUAAGCUGUUAGGAGAGAAACCAUCUGCUGUGCUGGAUAUCAGAAUUGCUCCUGCACAGAUCCCAGCCCACUUGCUUUUAAUUUUAUGUCCUGAAUUGGUAUACCCAUAAUUAACUCUGCAGAGGACCCUUUUAAAAUUAAAAAUCUAGGUUCAUGUUAGCUUGUACUUUAUGCACAUGUAAUACAGCAUCUUUCUAGUCCAGAAGGGUCCUUUCAAAUUCCAAAUUACGAUACUUCCUAAGCAAACGUUGGUGUGGCGGCUAAAUGUUGCCACGUGUCACUGGGAGAAGGUUAGAUCACCUUAUACUGUUUUGUUAAAACUCUCUGAACUUGAUCCUAACCCUGGAAUGUAUCCAAGUGGAUUCUAUGGUACUUUACUGAGCAGUUGUAGUAGACAAGGGUGCAUUUUAUUAGAGAAGCCACAACUAAAAGAAAGCACAUGGCCCUCUGUAACCAGCUCUGCAGCUCUUUUAAAGGGAAGAAGAUACCAGGAAGACACAGAUGUUUUUGUUUUCUUUUUGGACAUUCUUUCCUUUUGGACAGAGCUUCAAUCUGUGAUGUAAUUUAAAUCCUCUUCCUUCCUGCUGGUUUUAUAGUCCCCAAAUAAUUACUCACAAGUCAUUCAUUGCUUGUGAUGCCAACAGUUUGGUUUCUUGUAUGAAAACCAGACGUGACAGCUUUAAAGAUUGUUUUCCUUCCCUUUGGUCCUUAAUGGGGAGCACGUUUGUCUCUUCAGUAUUUAUUUCCAGGUGGGGCACAGUUUUGGAGAGCUCUUCUUGGAGAGCCACAGGGUUCUGCCCUGUAUUUACAGAUAUAUUGAGUGUCCUAAGACUUUUUAAAACAUGCUACCUGUAACAGAACCUGGGGAGGAAUGUGAAGCCAAUGGAGCUGGAAACAAUUAUUUGGAAAGCCAGCAAGAACUGGACGUUAAUCGCAAUACACGGAUGGUGGCUCCUGGCUUCUUAGAGUCGGAGGAAAGUACAGUGGUAGUGAUAGGAUCUCGUGCCAACACAAAGGGUGUUCAAGAGGAAGAUUCUCUGCUGGAAAAUGGGAGCCAGAGUACAGAGAGCGAUGACCCAAAUACUGAUGCUUGUCCUGAAGCUGGCAUUUCUCUGAAAGAGACUUCCUUCUCUAUAGGAUUGCAGGUUCUUUUUCCAUUCCUUCUGGCAGGGUUUGGCACUGUGGCUGCAGGAAUGGUGCUAGAUAUUGUGCAGCACUGGCAGGUCUUUACAGAAGUCACAGAGGUCUUUAUCUUGGUGCCUGCUCUACUGGGGUUGAAGGGGAACUUAGAAAUGACAUUAGCUUCUCGACUGUCAACUGCUGCAAACAUUGGACAAAUGGAAACUGCCAAGGAGAAGUGGUCAAUGAUCACUGGAAACAUAGCUCUGAUACAGGUUCAGGCUACCGUUGUGGGUUUCUUGGCUUCCAUGGCAGCUGUAAUUUUUGGCUGGAUCCCUGAUGGCCACUUCCUCAUGGACCAUGCAGUCUUGUUGUGUGCAAGCAGUGUCUCCACAGCUUUUAUCGCCUCCAUGGUGCUGGGUCUUAUAAUGAUUGGGGUAAUUUUUGGCUCCAAAAAGCUGGGCAUUAAUCCUGAUAAUGUGGCAACCCCCAUUGCUGCUAGUCUAGGGGACCUUGUUACAUUGGCACUUCUUUCCGGCAUCAGCCAUGGACUUUACAAGGAGAUGAAAAAUAAUGUCUAUGUUAAUCCAGUCGUGUGCAUACUAUUUCUGGCUCUGCUGCCCAUCUGGUUUGUUAUUGCAAGGAGGAACCCUGCAACUCGAGAGGUGUUGUCAUCUGGAUGGGAGCCAGUCAUAAUUGCUAUGGCUAUUAGCAGUGUGGGCGGACUUAUAUUGGAUAAAACUGUCUCAAAUCCAAACUUUGCAGGAAUUGCUGUCUUUACACCAGUUAUAAAUGGUGUUGGCGGAAACCUUGUUGCUGUCCAGGCAAGUAGGAUAUCCACUUACCUUCAUAUAAUGGGACCCCCAGGAGAAGAAACAGAACUCAUUCCACGUAAAUGUCCAAGUCCAUGUAGGACCUUCUUUAGCUCAGAUAUGAACUCUCACUCUGCAAGGGUCCUCUUCAUUUUUGUCAUACCAGGUCAUUUGAUUUUCCUGUACACAAUCAGUUCUAUGCAGGGUGGACAUACAACUCUUACACUCAUCUUUGUGGUUUUCUACAUGAUGGCUGCACUUCUUCAGGUCCUAGUUCUUCUAUACAUUGCAGACUGGAUGGUUCAUUGGAUGUGGGCUAGAGGGAUGGAUCCUGAUAACUUCUCAAUUCCAUAUCUUACUGCCUUGGGAGACCUUCUUGGCACUGGGCUGCUAGCACUCAGCUUUCACAUUCUAUGGCUUAUUGGAGACCGUGACACUGAUGUUGGGGACUGAGCUACCUACUAUUCUAUAAGCAUUUUGCACUUUGUUUACUGGUUUAGCAAACUGGAAAAGUUAAACAGCAAUUGGAUUCCAAUGCAGAAAAGUGCAAUUUUCUUUCAAGGGCUGGCUUUUUUUAUGUGGGGAAUAUGUACAGUUUUUCACAGAAAAACCAAUGCACACUAUAUGAAACUUUCAGCAGGAACUGCUUCUGAGCAUCAUUCAGUAACCUGCUGGCAGAAGAUUGGCGUUUUUCCUAGGGCAUAUAGUAAAGACUGUGUGCCUGUCUUGUUCCAUAAGGGAACUGCAGUAUUGGCUGUUCUAUAUAAAUUGCUUUUUAAGUAUUAAGCAGUUAGCCAAGGUCCAGUUUGGAGCAGCAUACAUAAGUGCUAAAAAUUGCACAUUUCCGCCAGUGUUCGUUUUUCAAUAGAAAUAGAAGUAUACUGAAUUUCAAAGUGUCUGCAGGCCCAGUUCAACAGUAAUGUACAAACAGGGCAGACUCGAAUUGCUGCUGGUAUCUUUGAAAAUAGUCAUAGCAGGGCUAGCAGCCUCCAGCCCUCUCUGGUGUCACUUUAAAUACAUUUUGUUCUUUGAGUUGUUAAAGAAAUUUGGAGUCUUUAAUUUCUAAGUGGACAAGUAUUUGUAUUUUGUUGAGAUUCUUGACAAAUUUAUCUUCUUGAGCACUGCAAUGUUCACACUACAGAUUGUCUUUACACUGGCUGACACUGAGUAUUCAUUUUAUUCCAAGAUCCACUUUUAAAGGGGAUGUAAAGCCAAAAAAUAAAAUAUUCCCUAAUAAAAGAAAGUGUUAUAAGCAAUUUUCCCAUAUACAUUACUUUUUUUUUUUUUUUUUUUUUUUACUGAUUUUAAAGUUGUUUAUAAUUAAGCACUAUUUAUUUGUCACAUUCUCCAUAUUCUGGUUUUUUUUUAACAAUGUAGCAAAAAUCUGCUUUCUUCAUAGGUCUGUUGAUCAGCUGGAUUCUGCUACAUUGUUCUAAAAGUGAGACUGCAUGGCAGCGAUAAGAAAGAAACAGAUUCUGCUUUCAGUAGCAAUUACUUUUUUACACAUUCUUUAAAACCGCUGAAAACUUGAAAUUAAUGUAUAUUGUAAAGUUGUUUAAAAUAACAAUUUAUUAAAUCAGACAUUUUGUUUUGGGUUUACAUUCCUUUUAAGAUGCUAUGCCCUUUUCUAUACUGAAUCACAUAUUUAAUAAGGAAUAGUAUAAUAUUCUUGGAUAUAAUUUAAGAAAUAAUGUAAUAUACCUGAAUAUAAUUUCCCCUAUUAGUCAGUCUGUUAAUGUGACACAAAUCUCUUUGUACUAAGGAAUCCUGAAAAGCCACACUCAGGGAAUGGCUGGAGAACUUACAUUCAGAACAGUACACGUGUUUUGAACAGCAAAGCAUCAAGUAGAUAUUUGUAUUUGGGUCUAGAGUUUAUUACGCACGGGGCUUGUUAGGUCUUUGUGACAUCUUAAGAUGUACACAAGUGUGUAAUGUCUGAAAUGUUUGAAUUGCUCUGGUUAGGGCACACAUGCUUUAUUGCUUUAGAAUACAUACAGCUGUGAUAUACACAUGGAUCUACUAUCGCUACAGAGAUUUUCAUUAAAAUUUCAGAGACAAUUUUCAGUCUUUUCUCUCAGUAGCUUUGUACAGGGAACUGUUGUUUAGAAAACUCCUUAGUACAAGUGCCGUUUUCCAUAGCAACAAUCUGCAAUUUAUCUUUGAUCAGUCUGUUGCCAGUUUAAAAACCUAAAGCAAAGGUCUGCCAUAGGCACCUGCACUGGUUAAGUGUAGCACCUAUCCUAUUAAAUCACAAUUCUUGUGUCUCACUACUUUCAAGGUGCUACAUUGGCCCCUGUGUCUCACUUAAAGUACUUCUUUAAAGCAGCACACACUUGGUAGGUGAAAGGUAAAGAUAUCCUCAUAAAAAGGAACAGCCUCUGGUUGCAGCAUUGCAUCUUCUGAGUCCAAAACAGUUGCAGAAUAGAUGAACACUUGGUUAAGCUAGUAAUGUUCUUAAAGUAAUUGUUCAGUGUAAAAAUAAAAACUGGGUAAACAGGCUGUGCAAAAUAGAAAAUGUUUAUAAU